UCUGCCCCAAGGUUCGAGGGCCUCUGCCUCCUCUCGCUGCUGGUCACGGAGAGCAGCUCGGAAGCCUUCUCGCAGAACUGCCUGAGCUGGCUGCGCAGCCUGCAGCACCUGCUCCAGUCCCAGGAUCCACCCGCCACCAUGGAGUUGGCCGUCCUCGUUCUCCGGGACCUCUUGCAGUAUUCCUCCCAGCUUCCGGAACUGGCCCGGGACAUUGGCACCAAUCACAUUCCUGGACUCCUUACCUCUUUGCUGGCCCUCAAACCAGAGUGCCAGCUCUCUGUCCUGGAGGGAAGUAAAGCGUGCAUGGUGUUUUAUCCCCGAGCCUGUGGCUCCUUGCGAGGCAAAUUGGCGGCCUAUUUCCUGUCUUGCGUGGAUGCAGAAGCGCCUCACCUGCAGCAGCUGGCCUGCGAGUGCUACGCGCUGCUGCCUUCUCUGGGCGCAGGUUUCGCACAGGGACUCAAGUACCGGGAGUCCUGGGAGCAGCAAGUUCAUUCCCUUGUGGCCACGCUACACCGCUUCCUAGGCACUCUCUACGAGGGGGCAGAGACAGAAUCUCUGCACUACGACGGGCCUGGAGCGGAGAUGCUGCUGCCACCGCGGGACGAAGAGGCGAACUUUCUCCUCCUCGUCAAGUACCGGUUCGCGGGUUUGGCCAAAUGCCUCUGCAGGAUGCUAAGCAACGACUUUGGAGCUCCUGUUGCAGUUCCUGCCCAGGCCAUCCUAGACCUUGUUUGUCGAGUUCUUGACGUCUCUGCAAAGAACAUUAGCUGGUUUGGCGAUGGGCCCCUCCGGAUGCUGCUCCUCCCCUCGGUCCACCUGGAGGCCCUGGACCUCUUGGCUGCCCUCAUCUUGGCUUGUGGCCCUCGCUUGGUGAGGUUUGGGGGAGUCCUCUGCCGCCUCUUCCCCCAGGUCCUGAACAUGUGGCGCGCCGGCCAGGAUCUCUCUCCUGGGCUGGAGCGGCCGUACAGCGCGGUUCGGGCUCGCCUGUACCGGAUCCUGGAUCUCUGGGUGCAAGUGACUGGAGCAGCCUCUGGGGUCUUGCUGGGGCACGGCAGCCAAAGCGAGGCCUUGCUGGGACACUUGAUCAACGACAUCAGCCCCCCCAGUGACACCCUUAAGAUCCAGCCGAGCGCUGACUCAGAGGGGAAGCCCAGCGCUGCCAAGAAGCCCAAACUGUCUGCUGUGGGAGGCCUUGUGACCCUGCUCCGCAAGCACGAUCCCCAGGCCAACAGCGAUGUGUGCCUUGCGGCCUUGCAAGGUCUGAGCCGUGCCGUCCUCCUCUCUGGCAGCCUUAUGAAGGAGCAGGUCCACGUGAGGUUGCAAGAGCUGGUGAUCCCACUGCUGAUCCGGCUGGGCCAGGCUGAGUUGCCCCACGGGUCCCCGUACGCCAGUGCCAGCUGCCGUCGUGAGCUCUACCAACUCCUGCUGGCCUUGAGCCUGGCUCCCGCCCCUUCUUGUCCCCCUCCUCUGCAUUGCACCCUCCGGCUGCUGAGCCAAGGGCGCACAGAUCCCAACCUUCUGGUCUCAUCUUUCUGCACAGAGGCGGCCAUCAUCUGCAAUUCCCUCCUUCACCCUAGGGUGCCAUCCUUGCAGCUCCCCCUGGCUAGCCCAUCUGCCCACCUGCCCAGCUCCUCGGAGGUCUCCCCUGCUGCGGCUGCCGCCACCGUGUCCCCCUUCUGCCCAGCACUCUCACUGUCCUUCCCGGCCGCCCGGCCCCCACCUCCGGCUCCAGCCCCUAUGCCUCUCCCUGCCAACUCACUGGGCCUACCCCUGCCCAGGCUCGCAGCCACCCAGCUCCCCCCUCGCCUUAUCCCCGAGGACCCUGCGCCACCUCAGUCUCCUGGCACAGCAGAGGCGGCUGCCUUAGCCACAGGAGCCAAGCUACGGCGCUCUGUCUUCAUCCAUUAUGACAAGGAGGAAGAGGAGGACGUGGAGAUCUCUCUGGAGAGCGACUCGGAUGACAGCGUGGUCAUCGUGCCCAAGGGGCAGCUAGGGAAAAUGGCCAGCACCCUUGGCUCUGGUGCAGUCCCAGUGACUGCUCCAGCCCCCGCCCCCCUGCCCGCCCCCUCUGCUGGCCCUCCUCUUCCUGCGUCCCCCUUGGUGGCCUGUGAAGAGGCCCCCUUGGAGCCCCCUGCGUCCCUUCCCCUGGGGGUCCCACCGCCUCCCUCAGCAGCAGUGCUCCCACCUUCCCCAGUCGCGGUUGCUGGUGAAGCCCCCAUUCCUGCUCUUCUGGAGGAGGACCCCACUGUCAUCAACAUCAACAGCAGCGAGGAGGAGGAGGAAGAGGAGGAGGAAGAGGAGGAAGAGGACUUCCCUGAGGAUGAGGAGUACCUGGAUGAGGAAGAGGAAGAGGAGGAAGAGUUUGACGAAGAGGAGGGGGAGUUUGAGGAGGAGAUGGACGAGGAGGAGGAAGAAGAUGAUUUUGAUGAAGAGGAGGGCCUGACGGAGGAGGAAGAGGAGGAGGAGGAGGAGGAAGGCCUGACUGAGGAAGAGGAAGAGGAAGAGGAGGAAGAGGGGCUGCCUCCUACUUUGCCCCGUAGGAACGAUGAUGAGCCUCCAGCGCUCUUGCCCGUGAAAGAUGGGCCGCCCAAGCUGGAGGAGGAAGAGGAGGAGGGGGCCGGGCUCCUUAUGGAGGUCGACGAGGAAGCCUUCCAUCCCGCUGAGGAGGAGGAGGAAGAGGAGGGAGACCGGACCGUGGGGGCCCUGCUGCUGCUGAAGGCGGAGGACGCAGUCUCGCCUCUGCUCCCUGGGGCCCAGCCCCUCCCUCAGCCUGCCCUGCAGGAAGGGCCCUCCCCGCUUGCUGCCCCCGUGGACCAGGAGGGUCGCUCCGAGGAGAAGGAGGGUGCAGCGGAGGCGGCCUCUGCAGCUUCUCUGCAGCAGGAGGAGGCUGUCCAAGCAGGCUGCAGCGGGGAGCAUGCGGAGGCUGGCCCAGAGUCAGGGGCCGGGCAGGGGGAGUCAGAGAAGCAGCUGCUGCAGCCGGACGAAGAGGUGGUAGAAGUGAAGGAGGAAGAGGGCGGCCCCGCGGAUGAGGCGGAAGCCAUGCUGGCGGACUUCGUGGACUGUCCCCCGGACGAGGAGAGAGCCCCUUCCCAGGCCUGCUCCUGAGAGGGCCUGCUCCGAACAGCCCGCGGAGCACGCUGCGUUUUCUUUUUUUACUCUGGCCGAUGAGGCUCAAUAAAGCUUUUCCCUGGUGCGUGUGAGCUGAGUCUGGGUUGCUGUGGCGGCGCGGUCGAGGGAGGGGUGCCCGCCUUGGCUCGGCUGGGCAGCG